UCCGCCACUAGCCUGUUUAUUGUCUUCUUUAACAGCUCGCCUCUCUCUCUCUCGCGUCUGAUAUCCACCGGAAAUGGCAGAUCCUGAUUUGGAGUCUCCCCUCAUCCACUCCCCAUCAUCUGAUCCACCAGAGCUCGUUAUCACCGUCAACGAUGGUGACUACGACUCCGGCUCCGAUCAUCCCGCCUGUGCAGAGCCCCAUGGUCAGAAUCAGAACCAUCGCGCUUUCUCUGUUUCGGACAAUCACAAUUCUCGUAACCCCUAUGACUUUCUCGGAGCUUCGGAGCUGUCCGUUCUCGGUUUGCCCACGGUGGAUCCGUUCCGAAAUGAAACGCCGGGAGUCAGUGGGUUGUACGAAGCCCUUAAAGUCGUCGUGUGUCUGCCGAUCGCCUUGGUUAGAUUGGUCCUGUUUGGUCUUAGUUUGGCUGUGGGUUAUGUUGCUACUCGCUUGGCACUUGAGGGAUGGAAAGAUAAGCAGAACCCUAUGCCCAAAUGGAGAUGUAGGAUCAUGUGGGUCACUCGGAUUUGCACGAGGUGUAUCCUCUUCUCUUUUGGUUAUCAAUGGAUAAAACGGAAAGGAAAACCUGCUCCUAGAGAGAUUGCCCCCAUCGUCGUGUCCAACCAUGUUUCCUACAUUGACCCAAUAUUCUACUUCUACGAGUUAUUCCCAACGAUUGUUGCAUCAGAGGCUCACGAUUCCAUCCCAUUUGUUGGGACUAUUAUCAGGGCAAUGCAGGUGAUAUAUGUUAAUAGAUUCUCACAGACGUCAAGGAAGAAUGCUGUCCAUGAAAUAAAGAGAAAGGCCUCAUGCGAUAAAUUUCCUCGUCUGCUGUUGUUCCCGGAGGGCACCACGACUAACGGGAAAUUCCUCAUUUCCUUCCAACUCGGUGCUUUCAUUCCUGGUUACCCAAUUCAACCUGUAGUUGUCCGCUACCCACAUGUACAUUUCGAUCAAUCUUGGGGAAACAUUUCUUUGUCAAAACUCAUGUUUAGAAUGUUCACACAAUUUCACAAUUUCAUGGAGAUUGAGUACCUUCCAGUUGUCUUCCCCAAUGACAAUCAGAAACAGAACGCUGUCCGUCUCGCCGAAAAGACUAGUCAUGCUCUCUCAACUGCUCUAAAUGUUGUCCAAACAUCUCACUCCUAUGGGGAUUUAAUGAUUCUCACUAGAGCAUCGGAGUUGAAACUGGAAAACCCCUCAAAUUACAUGGUUGAAAUGGCAAGAGUUGAAUCCCUAUUCCAUGUAAGCAACAUGGAGGCAGUGCAGUUUUUGGAUACAUUUGCCUCCAUGAAUCCAGACUCAAGUGGAUGUGUUAUGCUACAUGACUUUCUUAGGGUUCUGAGACUCAAGGCCUGUACUCUCUCUGAAGAGAUAUUCCGGUUCAUUGACGUGGAGAAAACUGGGUCAAUCACAUUCAAACAGUACUUGUUUGCCUCGGCUCAUAUUUUGAAGCAGCCGCUGUUUCAGAAAGCAUGUGAACUAGCCUUUUCCCAAUGUGAUGCCAAAGGAGUUGGCUAUUUUUCAGAGCAAGAACUUGGAGAUGCUCUCAGACAUGCAAUUCCAAACUUGAACAAGGACGAGGUUCAUGAGCUGUUCCAUUUGCUUGACGAUGACAAGGAUCGUAGAAUCAGCAUUAAUGACUUCUUCUCCUGCUUAAGAAGAAACCCUCUUCUCAUUGCCAUUUUCGCCCCUCCUCUGCUGCAAAAUCACUUGUCUGAAGCUGUCUAGGACAAUGUGAUCGCGUGGCUGGUUACAGGUUUUUGUCUUUGUCUUCCUACCGUGUUUUGGAAAGAAAAAAAAAAUCAGAUCGCGAAGAAUGUCCGGUAAGGGGUUCCUUAGUUUUUGGCCUUCUUCAUAGACUCGCAGAACCAAAUGUGGGUUGUUCCCGUGAGUCUGACUAUAACUGCCUGCCGUUUUCCACCCCGGAAAAUGGUGUGAUGUUUCCUCAAAUUUCGCUCUUCUGAGCAUGAUACUGUUUAUUAUGCCAUCGUCAUUUUGGCGUUGGAGAUGUCUUGUUUCAAAUUUUAGUGGGUGAUGGGUCAUGGGUUUUUGGUCUGUGUCUGUUAAAAAUGUAUCAUUGUUAUAUGGUGAACUUUAGGUCUUAAGGAGACAUUAUUGUUCGCAUACAAUGAACCUUCGACUUUGUUUUUAGAUUUCCGGUAAUAUGUUGUUUUACUAUU